UUGGAUGUUCCAGUAUGAGAGCUAAAAGUUUGAUAAGUAAGAGGAAGUUUAGCAUUAGGUGGAGAUUGAGAAAGAUGAUCAAGUGCAUGUGUUCAAGGGAACAGUUAAGAGUAGAUGAAAUAAGUUGCUCAUCAGAGUCACUAGCAACCAGGGACUAUUCAGCAAGUGGCCAAUCAUCCCGUCCUGGUGAAAUCGAAACGAAGGUGGACAAUAGAAACAUUGAAGAAGCAGAGUCAUCUCUUCGUGAAAGUGGUUAUUUAAACUAUGAGGAAGCUAGAGCCUUGUUAGGAAGACUUGAGUAUCAGAAAGGUAAUAUCGAAGCUGCACUUCAUGUAUUUGAUGGAAUAGAUAUUGCUGCUAUCAUUCCCAAGAUGAAAAUUUCUAUAUCUAGAAGAUGUGAUCUCAAUAGACUCCGUUCACAAAGUGAUGCAGUGCCUCCUAUGUCGAUGCCUGCUGUUAGUUUACUUCUUGAAGCUGUUUUUCUCAAGGCUAAAUCAUUGCACACUCUUGGAAGGUUUCAAGAUGCUGCUAGAUCAUGCAAGAUUAUUUUAGACACUGUUGAAUCUGCAUUACCAGAAGGCUGGCCUGAGAACUUUGUUUCAAACUGUAAAUUGCAAGAGACCCUAACAAAUGCUGUAGAACUGCUCCCAGAGUUGUGGAAACUUGCUGGCUCUCCUCAAGAUGUUAUCUCAUCAUUUAGGCGAGCUUUGCUUUAUAAUUGGAAUCUUGACAUUGAAGCCAAAGCAAGGAUGCAAAAGGAAUUUGCUAUGUUUCUUUUGUACAGUGGUUGUGAAGCAAGCCCUCCUGCUCUCCGCUCUCAGUUGGAUGGUUCCUUUGUGCCAAGAAACAACAUAGAAGAGGCUGUUCUUAUGCUUAUUAUUCUGAUAAGAAAAUCUGUUCUUGGAAGCAUUGCAUGGGACCCUUCUAUUAUUGAUCACCUUUCUUUUGCUCUAAGUGUUUCUGGGGAGUUCAUGACUCUGGCUCAACAGGUUGAGGAAUUGCUUCCAGAAAUCAUGGAGAGAAAAGAAAGAUAUUACACUCUAGCUCUUUGUUACUGUGGGGAAGGUCAGCAUAUGAUUGCUUUGGAUCUUUUGAGGAACUUUUUGAAUAAUAGAAAGAACUCAAACUGCAUACCGGAAUUACUUCUAGCUUCAAAAAUUUGUGCAGAAAACAUGGUUUGUGUUGAAGAUGGAAUCAAAUAUUCUUGUAAAGCCAUUUCUCAGUUGUAUGGAAAAUGCAUGCAAAUGGAAGCUAUUGCAAAUUGCUUACUAGGUGUUCUACUGUCAUCAAAAUCAAGGUCAGUUGCUUCUGAAUCAGAGAAGGUUUUGUUGCAAUCUGAAGCACUGAGUGCUCUAAAAGCUGCUGAGAGAAUGAUGAGGGAAAGUGAUCCAUACAUUGUCCUUCAUCUUUGUCUAGAAUAUGCUGAGCAGAGGAAGUUGAGCAUUGCUUUUUAUCAUGCAAAGGAACUGAUUAAGCUUGAAGGUGGAUCUAGUAUUAGUGGAUAUAUACUACUAGCACGGAUUUUAUCAGCUCAAAAAAAGUUUGUAGAGGCAGAGAUUGUUGUUGAUACUGCUCUAGAUCAAAGUGGAAAAUGGGAUCAAGGAGAAUUGUUGAGAACUAAAGCUAAACUGCGGAUUGCGCAGGGAAAAUUAAAGAAUGCAGUGGAGACAUAUACUUUUCUUCUUGCUGUUCUUCAAGUCCAAAAUAAAAGUUUAGGCAUUGCAAAUAAGAGGAAGGGAAACCGUGACAGAAGAUUGGAAAUGGAAAUAUGGCUUGAUUUGGCCAACGUCUACACAGCCUUAUCACAGUGGCAUGAUGCUGAAGUUUGUCUUGCAAAAUCUCAGGCUAUUAAUCCCUAUUCUGCUUCUAGAUGGCACUCCACAGGUUUACUUUUUGAAGCCAGAGGUCUUCAUCAAGAAGCUUUGAAAUCAUUUAGAGAAGCAUUAGAUAUGGAGCCAAACCAUGUGCCAAGUUUGAUAUCCACAGCAUGUGUCCUCAGACAGCUUGGUGGUCAAUCAUCUUCAAUUGUUAGAAGCCUUCUCACUGAUGCAAUACGGCUUGACAGAACAAAUGCAUCUGCAUGGUACAAUCUUGGACUGCUCUUGAAAGCUGAUUUAGGGACAUCAACACUGGAAGCAGUUGAAUGCUUUGAGGCAGCGGUUUUUCUUGAAGAAUCUUCUCCCAUUGAACCCUUUAGAGAACAUCCAAGUCGUCGCGCUCAAACCAUGCAAGUGUCAACAAUGGUUGCAGAUCUUGCGUGUGGUUAGGAAUUAAGAUUUGAUGUUAAGUUCACCAAUGAAGUAGACUUCUUCUUAAUCCUACCUACUUAAGAGAUGAUAAAUUGAUAACGUUCAAUCUAUAUAUACAAUUAUGGA